AUGCUUCUGAACCCUGUCACCUCCACUCCCUUUUCGGUCAACGACAUCCUGAGGCUGGAGAGUGAGCAAAUCGGUCCCGAGGUCUUGCAAUUCCGAGGGCCACGGAGGAGCGGGGGAAACUCUCAGUACCUACGACGGAUUCCAGAACAGCGAGAGUCGGAGGUUCCCUGCACGGGUAGCUUCGGCGACAGCGACAGAAGGCAGAAGGGGGCGGAGCCUCCUGGAGGUCCCUGUGAGACUCUCACAGAGAUGGACGCUGAGCCGGUGGGCGAGCCACAGCCUGGCCUCAGCGCAGCCUCGCCGCCCGGCGGAACCCUGGUGCCGGAGCGCAGCGUGGGCGACAGCGGCAGCGGCAGCGGUGCGGGCGGGGACUUCUCAGGGCAUCCCAAGCCGCGGCCCCGGCGAAAGCCGCGCGUGCUCUUCUCGCAGGCGCAGGUACUGGCGCUGGAGCGGCGCUUCAAGCAGCAGCGGUACCUGUCGGCGCCCGAGCGGGAGCACCUGGCCAGCGCGCUGCAGCUCACGUCCACGCAGGUCAAGAUCUGGUUCCAGAACCGGCGCUACAAGUGCAAGAGACAGCGCCAGGACAAGUCCCUGGAAAUGGCCGGCCACCCCCUAGCGCCGCGCCGGGUCGCGGUGCCCGUGCUGGUGCGGGAUGGCAAGCCUUGCCUGGGUCCGGCUGCGCCCGCCUUCCCAGGCCCCUACCGUGCGGCCGCGGCGCCCUAUUCCUGUUACGGCGGCUACGCUGGCGCUUCUUACAGCGCUGGCUACAGUGGUAGCUACACGGGCGCGUCUUGCAGCCCCGCGCCCCCAGCACCCCAGACCGGCGCGGGCUUCUGCGCUGGUGGGCCGAGCGCCAACCUGCAGGGUCACCUGCCCGGCACGCUGCAAGGUGUUAGGGCCUGGUGA